UUAAAAAUAAUAUAAUUAGUUUUAAUAUAUAUAAAAGACAUUUAUCAAGACCUUAUGAAGAAAAAAUAUAUGUAUUUGAAUGGUCUUUGAUUUGCGGUUGAUGGGUAGCUGUCUUCCCCCAGUAACAUCUGCAUCACUCAUAUGAAGUCAAAGCUGCUUUCAGAGUGAAUUGAAAUGAGAAAGACUCUGUGCACUGGUCUUUGGAAACAAACAGUGCACCCUAAAACCAUAUUUACUCAGUGUAUUGUGUUGCAGUGCUGCUUUGUGCUUCUCCCAGCAUGCUUUAGUAAAGUUAAACAAUGUCUGCUAACAUGGGAGCGCAGUGCAUCUCUGAACGGGUUUAGCGGCUCAGAUUCUCCGCAUGUAGAACUGAUCCCAGAGCGGUUCUGAAGGGUCCGAGCGGAUGUUCAGCGCAGCGUGUGUUGGCUUGAGCUGUAGAUAAGGCCUCGUGUCGUUCUGACAGCUCAAAGCUGAGUUUGACCCCCACACACACCAGAAGAUUAACCUUUGUGUACCGCUUCAAUGACACGAGCACUUCCCGGGACGACACAGAGUGCGUUUCCAUGGUGACACAGAGGACGGCUUUGACUUCACUUCAUACAUACAUGAUGCUGUUCCUCCAAGUCGUUCAAGCUGUACUCCCCAAAGGAGCCCCCCAACGGAAGCGCUUUCCCCCCCUUCCAUCCCGGCACCAUGCUGGACAGAGACGUGGGCCCGACGCCCAUGUAUCCCCCCACAUACCUGGAGCCGGGCAUCGGGAGACACACACCUUAUGGGAAUCAGACAGACUACAGGAUAUUUGAACUCAACAAGCGGCUUCAGAACUGGACAGAGGAGUGUGAUAAUCUGUGGUGGGACGCUUUCACUACUGAAUUCUUCGAGGAUGAUGCUAUGCUCACCAUCACGUUUUGUCUGGAGGACGGUCCUAAACGAUACACAAUCGGCCGGACGCUGAUUCCUCGUUACUUCAGGAGUGUGUUUGAAGGCGGCGCCACUGAGCUCUACUACAUUCUCAAACACCCUAAAGAGUCCUUUCACAACAACUUUGUGUCUCUGGACUGUGAUCAGUGUACGAUGGUCACGCAGAACGGCAAACCCAUGUUCACACAGGUGUGUGUGGAGGGCCGUCUGUACCUGGAGUUCAUGUUCGAUGACAUGAUGAGAAUAAAGACGUGGCAUUUCAGUAUCCGGCAGCACAGAGAGCUCAUUCCCCGCAGCAUCCUGGCCAUGCAUGCUCAGGACCCGCAGAUGUUGGAUCAGCUGUCCAAAAACAUCACCAGAUGCGGCCUGUCAAACUCCACCCUCAACUACCUCCGAUUGUGUGUGAUCCUGGAGCCCAUGCAGGAGCUGAUGUCCAGACACAAGACGUACAGCCUGAGUCCCCGAGACUGUCUGAAGACGUGUCUGUUCCAGAAGUGGCAAAGGAUGGUCGCUCCACCAGCCGAACCGGCCAGACAGGCGCCGAGCAAGCGGCGGAAGCGCAAGAUGUCGGGCGGCAGCACCAUGAGCGCAGGCGGCGGGUCCAAUAACAACAGCAACAACAAGAAGAAGAGCCCAGCAAACAGUUUCCCGCUGUCCAGUCAGGUCCCAGAUGUGAUGGUGGUGGGCGAGCCCACGCUGAUGGGCGGCGAGUUCGGGGACGAGGACGAGCGUCUGAUCACGCGGCUGGAGAACACGCAGUUCGACGCGGCCAACGGCAUCGACGACGAGGACAGCUUUAACAACUCGCCCGCGCUGGGCGCCAACAGCCCCUGGAACAACAAGCCUCCGUCCAGCCAGGAGGGCAAGAACGACAACCCCACCUCACAGGCGUCUCAGUGAGACUCGGGACGGGGAGGGGACGGGGGCGGAGCCAGGGAGCGUCGGGCAUCCAAUGGGAAGAAAGAGGUGCGGUCGACUCAUUCAUCUACCUGCAGUAGCUGGUCUUCCUGUCAGCAGAGGAAGUGGACCCGGAGGACCAGAGAUGAGCGUCACACCACAACAGAAACCGUUUACUCGACACAGGACAGUUUUUAAUCACACACUCCAGGUUUUGUUGGUGAUUUAUGAGGAGCCUGUAGAUAGUUCAUAUGUUUAAGUUAAGACGAAACGGAGAAAUCUGACCACGUAAAACGCCAACAAGACCAAGAAAUAUCCAGAUCCUGUUUCACUCACGAGAAAUGACAUUUUGCAUGAGGAAAAUUGGAUUUUAUAAAAGGUCGUUUUCAGUUUUAAUACCGUUUUGUGUGGAAGCUUGUUUCCACCACUGUAUAAAUAAAAGGUAAUUGCGACUUAUCUCACAAUUAUGACUUUUCUUGCAGUUGCGACUUUUUGUUAUACAAUUCUGACUUUUUACACUUUUUUUUUUUUUUUUUUUUUUUUUUUUUUUUUUUUUUUGUAAUUGCAUCCUUUUUCUCUCACAAUUCAGACUUUUUUUUUUUUUUUUGCAAUUUCGACUUUUUGUUAUACAACUCGAAGUUUUGUUUUUUUUCACAAUUUCGACUUUUCGUUACACAAUUCUGACUUUUUCGCAAUUUCAGCUUUUCGUUAUACAAUUCAGAUUUUUUUUUUUUGCAUUUCCCACUUUUUGUUAUACAAUUAUUUUUUUUUCCCUCAGGUUUGGUGAUAUAAUUUUGCAAUUUGAAGAAAAUAGUCCUUUUUUCUCUAAAUUGGGCUUUAUAAAUUGCAAUUGUGAGUUCUCACAAAUCUGAUAAAAGAAGUCAGAAUUGCGAGAAAAAGGUCAUAAUUGUGAGGUAAGAAGUCGCAAUUAACUUUUUUUUUAUUUUUAUUUUGUGUCGGAAACAAGCUUCCAUAGCUUUGUUACUGUAUUGCAAUGAGAGAAUUAUUUUAAAAUGUGAAUCAUCAAAUCAAAACACUACCGUUCUUAUUCUCUUGUUUUGCGUUACAGUAAUGAGAAUUUUCAGGGGAAAUGUUUAAUCAUCAUUUUAAUGCAACAAACUCUAAUGGUUGUAAUAGACUAGAUGUUUUCUUUCAGCAAAAUGUUGUUUCUUAUUUUCGGAGUGAAACGUCAAACACAACAGAUUAAUUUGCCGUCUCGCAUCUUCCUCUGAUUGCUGGAGGAUGUUUAAUAUCACAUGAAGAGCGUUUCGACUUUUGGAGAAUUUUAUCCGUGUUUUAUACCAGCCUCUAUUUCCCUAGAAUGGUUUAUUUUAUUAUUUUUGGUUUAUUUUUUUUCUUUUUUUUUUUUUUUUUAACCGAUGAUGAAAGCUGCAAACCAAGGAGUAACACAACCGUCGAGGUCCUUAAAGAUUUCAAGCCUCAGAUUCUAUUGGUUUGUCUUAUUUUUUAAAGAGAGUCGUUUAGCGUGGGCUUUGAUUGAUUUUUGUGUACUUGUGCUUGUAUAUUUAAGGUAGUAGCAGAGUUCUGUAUAACUGUAUUGAGAUGUAUUCCUCCUUAGAGUUACAUAAAGCCAUUCUGAUCUAAUGUGUAAAAAACGCAAAACGUGAACGAUGAAAACACACGAACCUCGUCUUUUCCCCUCUCGAUUAUUUUUUUAAUUUGCAUACGACUGGUGAAUUGAAAUCAAGGGCACGGGUCUGUGUUUGUUGCCUGAUUGUUUCAGAUUUUGAUGAAUUUCGUUUCUGACACAGAAGACGCUUUAAACGGACGUCAGUGUUUGUUUUCUAUCAGUCACGUGUUUAAGGGAGACCAACUGUGAACAGCUAGUCAUGUUUCAUGAACAUGUCGGUUGUUGUUUUAUUUCACCCGCACACCUAAUAAUACUGCUGAAACUCAGAUUUUUGUACUAUUUGAUUAUUUUUUUCUCUCUCUCUUUCUGACCAGCUGAAUCGAUCUGAAUGAAUCAAAGGUCUGCACUUGUAAUUGAAACAAACUGGUGACCUUUUCCACCUUUAACCUUGUAGAUGCCCCUGUUUGAUAUAACUUUGUUUUCUUAAUUUCUGCCCUUGAUUAAAUUAAUGUAUGGAACCAAUAAAAUAUGAAUUUUCACUUUAA